AUGGUAUCGAUUUCAAAAACUUGGAGAGAACAGGGAAAUGCCUUUUUGAAGAAGAAUGUUGAAGGAACGGCCCCGGUAAUAUGUAGACAGAACCUGGAGAAGUCAUUACAAUAUUACUACAAAGCAGAAAAUACUGCAGGUGAUAACAUGGAAGACCGGUGCUCUGCCAAGAAGAAUUCCGGAAUAGCCUCCCUGAAACUCGCCAGAAUACUCGAUCCAAGAAAGGAGAAGGCCAAUCUGAUCGAUUUUUAUUUUAAACAAGCCCUGGAAAAGUUCUCCGAAGCCUGGGAAUACGGGCGUGGAAAGAGUAACGAAUGGUUGAUGGGAAUACAGACACUCUCUCUUGAGUGCUUCAUUAAUAUGGAAGAUCGUAUGGCAGACGAUAAAGUAGAGGACAAGGUCAGGCAACUCGAAUCAUUAACGCUUCUUGUCUUGGGGAAGGAAAAUAAAGCAAGUGCUUUCAGCACCAUAACCUUGCUGGUUUUUGAACUAGCUUUGACUAAUUUAGCAGCUAAGAACUUUAAAGUUGCAUUGUCCCAUCUAAAGGAUUGUUAUUAUCCUGUGUCCGAAGGAUUGAGAUAUUCUGACAGUGAAGAGAUGAAACGAACCUUCGAGCUUCACCAAGAAGACAUCUACAUUCAAACAUGUGUAGCUGAAAGUAUGCAGGCUCUAGAUAUUGGGGAUAACAUGUUCCAGGCAGCCAUGACUGAAGAAGAAGUCCUUAAUAUGGACAUGAUAUAUGAUGUAUUGGAUUGGUACAGACAAGCGAUAACACUGACAAGAGAUAAAGACGUUCUGUUGGAGGCAAUCGCACAUUGUAGAUUGGGGAAGAUUUACCAAAAAGUUUUAAAACUAGAUGACAGAGCUAGAGUCUACUACGCUAAAUGUAUCGAACUAGCCAAUACUCUGAUACCAAGAACCAUACAUCAGGAAGAAUGGUAUUGUUUAGCUACCGAAGCUCUUUCCCAUUAUCAACAAGAAGAUUUAAGAAAAGAAGAAGAGGCGAAGAAAGGACAAAGAGAAGAAAUAUUGAAGGAAAAGAAAGAAGAAUUGGAUGAAUUAAAGAAAAAUUUCAAAGAUAUGGGCAAAGUUGAAUUUCUUAUAUUCAUAUAUAAAAAAUACCCACCCAAAAAUAAGAAGCAUGUCCUUGGUAAAGUUUCAGAUCAGCCGGAAUCACCUGAGAUUAAGAAGUUGUACCAAAAAGCAGUGAUACAUUUUCAUCCAGAUAAAGUACCCUCAGAGGACAAAGUCUGGAAAUUUAUGUCAGAAGAAAUUGUCAAGCUUUUGACUUCGCAUUAUGAAUAUUUUAAGUAG